GUGUCAUUGAUCGGUGUUACAGGCUGAUAGCUGUCUGAUAAGGAUAAAAUCUAACGUGAGGUUAAUUAUCUCAGAUGGUUGAUGGUGUGUGACAUCCAACUAAUGAUGGCGGCAGAUCAUCCCCACACCCAGACGUUUCUCGCCGUUUUUGUGCUGACCAUUACAUCACGGACCGUCCUGAGCUCACAUAAUGGACAGAAUGUGGACGAUGCGUGUCAAGACUUGACGCCCCGACACGGGGAGGCGCCCCAACCCUCGCCACCCCUGUACAAGCUUACCUUCUCUCCGAAUUCUUACAAGCCUGGCCAGCAAGUUUAUGUGACUGUAAGCACGUGCAACCCCGAGUCUACGGGGUUCAAAGGGUUCAUGGUUCAGGCGAGGCGAGCAGACGUAAGGCAGGACCAGACAGAACUGUUGGGGGGAUUCACGCCUGUAGACAACACGAGGCUGGCGUGUGAUGACAGAGCCUUGGUCCAUUCGGACAAAACCCUCAAGAAGAUCAAAUCUUUUAACUGGACGUCGCCAUCACAGAGCGUGGGUCACGUGGUGUUUAGGGUGACAUUUGUGUACAGCUUUACCGUCUUCUGGUCCAACAUCGUGUCUGACGUCUUGCUGGACGCUGGUCUGACAGAUCAAGUGAACCUGGUGACCAAAACACAAUUAGACAGCACAUGUUACACUGAAACGUGUGAGAAGAAAUCGUGUAGCAGUGGUCAGGCACUGAUGACCCACCCGUGUGUCGUCAUGUCGUGUCUACUGUUCACGCUGGCACCGUCAUGGACUCGCUGGCUGGAAGUUCCAAGAGUGGCUAUUUGA